CACUGUUACAGACACACAGCCCAUCCAGAGAGAGAGAGAGAGAGAGUUUGCCAUUUUUGUGUCCUCUGCCCUCACGCACCCACACAGUGACCAUUCUUUUCUGUCUUUCCAACCUCCACAACGCUGGAAACGGAGUAACUGUUCAUGAUUAUGAACGCCAACUCCUCCUCUUCAACUUCAACUUCGACAGCAGGAGCAGGAGCAGGAGCAGGAGCAGGUGCGAAUCCUGCUGGUCCUUCUCAAUCAAUGGCUACACCUACAUCAUCAUCAACACCACCAGCUACAGGUACAGGUACAGCAGCAGCAGCUAGCAGCGAUGGGUCUGGCAAGAAAGUUAGAAAACCUUAUACAAUCACCAAGUCUCGUGAGAGUUGGACUGAAGAAGAGCAUGACAAGUUCCUUGAAGCCCUUCAAUUGUUUGAUCGUGACUGGAAAAAGAUUGAAGAUUUUAUGGGUUCAAAGACGGUGAUCCAGAUUCGGAGUCAUGCCCAGAAAUACUUUUUGAAGGUCCAAAAGAAUGGUACGACUGCGCAUGUUCCUCCUCCUCGCCCUAAACGCAAAGCCUCUCAUCCUUACCCACAUAAGGCGUCGAAAAAUGUUUUAGUGCCGCUCCCAGCAUCCAUGGCUUACCCUUUAUCGAUGAAUACCUUUGCACAUGGGUAUGCUCUAUGGGAUGAAACUUCAGUGUUAAUAAACUCCUCAACAAGCAAAAUCAUGCCAUCACAAGAUGAACUUCCAAAUCUUCACGGAGCUGAAGCUGAUAUUGGACCAAAGUGUGUAUCAAGGGUUAGUAACAAUACUGUCAGUGGCCUUGGGACCUCAAGUACAACAUUGCCAGGUGCUGAGAUGCCAAAACAAGGGAAGCAAGCGCCUGUGCUUCAUGGUAUACCAGAUUUUGCUGAAGUAUAUAGCUUCAUUGGAAGUGUCUUUGAUCCAGACACGAAAGGGCAUGUGAAAAAGCUACAGGAAAUGGACCCUAUCAAUUUUGAAACUGUUUUGUUAUUGAUGAGGAACCUUACUGUUAACUUGUCUAGCCCUGAUUUUGAGCCAUAUAGGAAGGUCAUGUCAUCAUAUGAUGUCAAUACCAAAACAGUGGGAGUUUCUGCCCUGAAUCAGACCAAUAAUAUAGCAUGUUGAACUACUUACAUUUUUCUGACUCUAACGUGGUGAUGUUGGCUGGAAUUCUUGCUGCAUCACUAAAAUCAAAUAAAUGUGUCUGCUUUAUCUUUCUGCACAUGCCUGGAAGUUGAUUCUGAGACAGGCUGUGGCAGCCACGCCAAGGGAGAGUUUAUGAUGGUAGAACAAAGUUUUCUACUGAUUUUCAAGUUCCAUGAACGGUGAACCUUGACGUCUACUGACCUGAAUAGCAAUGGCUGUUUCUAUUCUAUUGACGAUUUGGCCUUCAACCAAACAAAUGUGUAUAUCUUGUGAGACCUGUUCGGCCGUCCCUUGAGAUUAAUAUAUAGUUUUGCAUAUAGCGGGGUACAUUUUGCCAAGGCCCUGUAACUAAAAGAGCUUGAACACACGAGGAAAAAGUACUUCCCUUCCCUUCAGACUUGUGAAGUAGGUUACUCUGUGUAUUAGAAUGAACCUCCAUUUGUUGACAAUAUACUGUGUUUUUGCUUCUGUAAUGUUUCAGCUAAGAAAUCGGAUUUCUUUCUCA